GGAAGGAGAGGGGAAAAAAUGGUGGGCUCGGGGGCGGCAGGAGGGGGAGGCGGGGAUCAUGCGCGGAGCAAAGAGGCCGCGGGGAUGAUGGCGCUGCACGAGGCGCUCCGCAACGUCUGCCUCAACUCGGACUGGACUUACUCCGUCUUCUGGACCAUCCGUCCUCGCCCGCGGUGCCGCGGCGGCAACGGGUGCAAGGUCGGCGACGACAACGGCAGCCUGAUGCUGAUGUGGGAGGACGGGUUCUGCCGGCCGCGGAUGGCGGAGUGCCUGGAGGACAUGGAGGGCGAGGACCCGGUGCGCAAGGCCUUCAGCAAGAUGUCCAUCCAGCUCUACAACUACGGAGAAGGGCUGAUGGGAAAGGUGGCAUCUGAUAAGUGUCACAAAUGGGUCUUCAAGGAACCUUCUGAAUGCGAGCCCAACAUCGCCAACUACUGGCAGAGCUCUUUUGAUGCCCUUCCUACGGAAUGGACCGACCAGUUCGCCUCAGGCAUCCAGACCAUCGCCGUGAUUCAAGCCGGCCAUGGCCUCCUGCAGCUGGGCUCCUGCAAGAUCAUACCGGAGGACCUGCACUUCGUGCUGCGGAUGCGACACAUGUUCGAGUCACUGGGCUACCAGUCGGGCUUCUUCCUCUCGCAGCUCUUCUCCUCCUCCCGGGGCGCCUCCUCCACGCCGUCCUUCCCGCUCAAGCAGCCGCCGCCGGCGCGCCCGCCCCCGCAGCUCUUCAACUGGCCGGGCCAGCCGCAGCUCCCCCACGCCGCCGCGUCGCCCCUGUUCCCGCCGGGGCCGGCCGCGUUCCACCCGUCAGCGAGGUCGUCGAUGCCGCAUUACCCGGGCGGCGGGGGCGGCAAGGACGAGGGCCACAUGUACCACCUCGCGCCGUCGCAGCAUGGCAAGCCGCCACACCUGGACGAACACCAGCACCAGCAGCAGAUGCAGCCCGGGGAGGCGCCCGACGGCGACCUCAAGUGGCCCAACGGGCUGUCCUUCUUCACCGCGCUCACCGGGCGCUCAGAUGACUCGAAGCUUUUGUACGGCGGCCCCGGCGGCGGUGGUGGAGGCGGCGCAGACGACGGGAAGCCAGCGCAGGACGCGCAGACAGGGCACGGCGGCGCGGAGAACGUGGAGGAGUACCUGAGCCUGGAGAGCCACUCGAACAAGGCGAGGAGGAUGGAGAACACCCAGAGCGCCAAGUUCAAGAGGAGCUUCACGUUGCCGGCGAGGAUGAGCUCGUCCAACUCGCCGUCCCCGUCCGUGUCGGCCUCGACGGGGCCGGCGCCGCAGCAGCAGCAGCAAGGGAUGGAGUACCGAGCGCAGCACGAGGGCAGCGUCUACUCGGACCUCAUGGAGACGUUCUUGGAGUAGCAACGCAACGCAUGCAUGCAUGCGUCGAUCGAUCAUCCUCACGACGACAGGCGUACGGACUUUAUGUUUUCUUGUUCCCACCUUUUGUUUUGUUCCAACCAAAGCUAUGUUCAAGCUCUUUUAGCGCCAGGUUUGGAGUUUGCUUCGGCUUAAUUAGAUCAUGUAAACUUUUUCUUUCCUUCUAGCUUCGUACGUGUCUCGAUCGAUCUAGUCGUAGCUAGCUAGCUCGUAGUGCAAGAACUGAUACAUGCAUGCAUGCAGAGAUGGGCAUGAGUUUGCUUCCAUGAUGGCUGGCAAGCUAUAUGGUGCAAUGAUGGUGAUGUACAAUGAUAUGCAACACCCAAUAAUACGCUCUUUUCCUUCCGAAA